CUAUUUCUACACCCACACUCAACACGCAAACACAGAACAGAGCAAAAAACCACAGAGAACUCUAUACCCAAAAUCAUCCAACAAUGGCACCAGCAAAAACUCUCACUUACCUGUCUCAGGAGAAGACCCUCGAGUCUAGCUUCGUUAGGGACGAAGACGAGCGCCCAAAAGUUGCUUACAAUCAAUUCAGCAACGAAAUCCCUGUAAUUUCACUCGCUGGAAUCGACGAGGUCGAUGGCCGCAGAGCAGAGAUUUGCAACAAGAUCGUCGAGGCUUGUGAGGAUUGGGGUAUCUUCCAAGUUGUUGAUCAUGGUGUGGACACUAAACUCAUAUCUGAAAUGACCCGUUUGGCCAAAGAGUUCUUCGCUUUGCCCCCAGAAGAGAAGCUUCGCUUUGACAUGUCCGGUGGCAAAAAGGGUGGCUUCAUAGUCUCUAGCCAUCUCCAAGGAGAAGCGGUGCAGGAUUGGAGAGAGAUUGUGACAUAUUUUUCAUACCCAAUUAGAAACAGAGACUAUUCAAGGUGGCCUGAUAAACCUGAAGGGUGGAUAGCUGUGACGGAGCAAUAUAGUGACAAGUUAAUGAGUUUGGCAUGCAAGUUGUUGGAGGUGUUGUCAGAGGCAAUGGGUUUAGAGAAAGAGGCUCUUACGAAAGCAUGCGUUGAUAUGGAUCAGAAGGUUGUGGUGAAUUUCUACCCAAAAUGCCCUCAACCAGAUCUCACACUUGGACUUAAGCGACACACUGAUCCUGGCACCAUCACACUGCUCCUUCAAGACCAGGUCGGUGGACUUCAAGCUACAAGAGAUAAUGGUCAGACAUGGAUAACCGUUCAGCCUGUGGAGGGUGCCUUUGUCGUCAAUCUUGGAGAUCAUGGUCACUUUCUGAGUAAUGGAAGGUUCAAAAAUGCUGAUCACCAAGCAGUGGUGAACUCGAACCAUAGCCGUUUGUCCAUAGCAACGUUCCAAAACCCAGCACCAGAUGCAACAGUGUACCCUUUGAAGGUUAGAGAGGGAGAGAAACCUGUGAUGGAGGAACCAAUCACUUUUGCAGAAAUGUAUAGGAGAAAAAUGAGCAAGGACCUUGAGCUUGCUAGGAUUAAGAAGUUGGCCAAGGAAAAGCAAUUGCAGGAUUUGGAGAAAGCAAAAAUUGAGGCCAAGCCUUUGGAUCAGAUUUUUGCUUAGACUUCUCAGAGUUUAUUGCCCCCUCAACUUUGUGUUUUUUGCAUUUUCUUCAAAAUGGCCAUUAUUAUAAAUCUUUAGCUUUUGUGCUUGUCUUUUCGUUGAAUUAUGGGAACUAUGUCCUAUGUGAAGAGGUAUUGUUCAUUUGCCAGUUUCUCAGGAUCCAGCGAGGUCUCUGUAAACCAUAUAAUCACUACUUAUAAAUAAAUGAAAAUAAGUUGCAUCCCUUAUUGCCUGCAU